AUAGAGAGAUUCAAUCAACCUUCAUCUACGCCACAAUGCGCUAUCUCCCAGCCCUUGCCAUUUUCCUUCAUCUAAUUUUCAUCGCCACAGCCCAGGCAGAUGUUCCCGGUGUGAAAUUAGGUCGCAGCUCUCUGUUACGAUCGUUUGCACCCGGAAGUUGUUCGGACGGCACCGGGAAAACAUCCAUCUGUACCAGCUGUUCGUCGCUGUCGGUUUGCUUCGGAGGCAACGCCAUCGUAGAAUUUGCUUGCACCGGAACGAAUCCGUUCUGCAACCCCGGAAGCGUGGAAGCGAGCUGUUCGUCGGCACCCUCGCCAGGCUGUGCGGCCGCUGGUGAUACUGCGGUCUCGAUUGUAUGUCCAGCCCUCGGUGUUCUGCCAGAUCCAUCAAACUGUAGGGUGUACCACGUUUGCCGCACCCUGCAGCAGGCGUCCGACGUGUAUCAGUGUCCGCCGGGAUACCACUUCAACCUUACCACUCAGUGGUGCCGUUCGGAUCAAACCGAUCAGUGCGUUCGAAUCAACUGCGGAACCACUAGCGGAUUUGUGUACUACGGAACAUCCAGGCAGUAUUUUGCCAUAUGUGUGGUCGCCAAUGGUGUGACUACGCCGUAUAUAAUGAAGUGUCCUGACAGGGCGACGUUUAGCGCGACCACCAACAGCUGUGUCUACCAAUGUCCCGGCCAAGGUAACUUCGCAAAUUCUAAUGACCUGGCAAGCUACUAUCAGUGCUAUAUUGUGAACGGAAACUACGUCGUGGGGUUACAAAGAUGUCCGAGUGGUACGACGUUCAAGGAAUCGUUGCAGUAUUGUUCUUAAAAGGAUAAGUGGAACAAUUUCAUACAACAACUAAAUGUAGAACUCUGUACAAAUUAAAAUAGUGUUGGACUUUGCACGUUCCAAA